AUGGCUGUGUCUAAGAAUGCAGCUGGAUAUAGUGGUUUGACAGAAGAUGAGGAGAAGCAGUUGAAAGCACUGUUGAAUAAGGCUCAGCAGGCUCCGAAGGCGUCUGGUGGAUCAGCAAUGACUGAUGCUUCCAAGCGUUUGAGGGGAGAGAGUGAUUCGGACUUUGAAGCAGUUGGAUCUCCAACUACUCCAAGUGAGCUCUUCCGAAGUGAAGAUCGCAAGGAGGUUCCAUUGCCAAAGAAUUGCACUCUGAAGGAGUGGUCUCACACGGUGUGCCAGCUUCCGAAAGUCAAUGGUGAGCCGAAGUGGAACGGAAAGACUUAUUCUGAACUGCUUAGGAUGGCUAUUGACGGUGACAUUGAGCUGGACAAGUAUCUGGGAUUCAUUUUCAAGAAGUAUCAUGGGUCCUAUGAUGGAACUCACAAGUCUCAAGCCGUGGACUUGGCUGGGUGCACAGACAGUCAGCUUCCAUGGCUUGUUGGUUCAAGCACAGAGACAGGCAGCCAGCGCCAACAGACGCAAGUCAGUAAGACAGCCUCAGAAGCCAUGAACGCAAACGGCCAGCCAGUUCAGGGGGAGCAGGCAGCAGCGGGCCAGGCAGCCGAGGUCCAGGCAGCCUUGGUGCAGCUGGCUGUCCAGACA